ACAUUUUGCGGGAACUGAAUGUGCGGAAGAGACUCGCCGAGUACAAGGUAGACCACUUUGUCAGGAAGUACACCGGAAAAAUCAAGGGGAGUAACAUAAUGCACAGGCAGAUGGCACAGCUAUAUGAAGAAAAAUCUGCAAUUGAAAUUUUUGUAAAAAGCGAGAAGGGUGACAGAAACAACUUUGACCGUAUCGUGGGGCACAUUGUCUUUUUUGAUUACCGCGCGAAUGUGUUGCUUGAGAAUGCAGUGCUAGUUGCAGCGUCGGGCGAGCGGAGACUCCCGUGGAUGUUUAUUCAGUUAAAGCGGACGCACGAAAACGCGAAAACGCGAAAACGCGAAAAAGCGAAAGCGU